AUGAUUGGCGCGGCCUCUUUCCUGCCUCCUCUGGGGGAGCGCCCACCUCAAUACCGCACUCCAUCUCCUCCGCGACGCGCCGUGGAGCCCAUCACACCCUCCACCGCAGAAUUUCGUGCGGCCGCCCAUCCAAUCAUGCUCGGAAUGCUGGACCGGAUGGCUCUUCUAAUAAUCGAUCGGGUCACGGCCGGUCGAACUCGACCAUUGAUACUCUUGCGACCAUCGCUCUCGCAACGAGCCCAACCUUCGCGCCACUCUCCCAUCGCCCACCUUCUCCGGACUCUCGAUCGACCGUCCCUCUGUUCCCCCCCCGAAUCGAACAACUCCGAACGCCCCGCGAAGCGUCCACGCUCCGAGAGAGACCCCUCACCUUACCUUGCUCGCGUCCAACCGCCUGCUCAUUCUCAUUCCCAUUCUCAACCUCCCUCCCACGCCUACUCCCAGCCUCGCUCACACAAUCACUCAUACUCCAAUGUCUUGCCUCAAGAUAGCAUGACAACCGACGCUGAGCUCCUCUUGAACUUUGCCCGCCCAACCAAUUUUCAUCCCGGUAACCACACAAAACGAGUCAGCAUCGAUGAGUCCUACCACCAUUAUGGCAACGAUGCGUCGCGACAUAACCGAGUUGGCUUUGCUACCGAGAGCUAUCAUGACGGGAAGCCUGCGUAUCACAUGGAGGACGGACAUCCGCCGUCGCGAAUGAGGUCUCGUUCUGACGGCUCCGCAUUUGUCCCGCGUCCUGUGAUUCGCGGCGUACGCCCAACUACGAGCUCAGGCACAUUGUCUCCUAUUGUAUGGGAAGAUGAAAAUGAAGAAAGCUCAUCGGGAGACGCUUCUCGCUACACUGGGUAUGGGGAUCAUAUGAUUGCCGGCCCCAAAGAGCCUUACACCAUGAAGAAAGGCGUGGCAUCACUGCCCAAGCUUGAAGAGGAAGAGCCUAAUGAGUCAAACCAGACAAGCUGUGGCGCAUGUCAUAUGGUCAGGACACCCAUGGAGACCGAGGAGAACGAAGAAGAUACCUGGAUCAACUGUGAUGGAUGUAAACAGUGGUUCCAUAUCGUUUGUGCUGGGUUCAAGAACGACCGAGAAGUCCGCACCGUCGACAAAUUCAUCUGCCACCCAUGUCGACCUGUUUAUGGUCAAACAACGUUUGUGCGCAAGUCUUCCCGUGCCCGAACGGCAAUAGACUAUGCAGGUCUCAACCAAGGUCUUGUGAAAGCCGCCUCCAACUCUCUGGAACACCACUAUCUGGAGCCAAUCCGCCAAGGAAGAAUCAAAUUUCUUCCGGAGAACUUUCCUCGUAUGAAGCCAGAAUUGGUCGUUGCGGAGUAUUUUGAGCGCGGCAAUGGAUGGACCGAGCCUGUCGUGAUCCCUGCUUGCUGGAACACUCGCGAGCCUGUCUCUGAAAUGGACGCAGGUUUGGAUGCUCUCGCUCAGGAGGCGACCACCCAAGAGAUGUUUGAUGAACUCCUGGAACACCUUGAAGAGCAAGAAGCCGACACGAAAGAGGUCAUUGAUUGUGGUCAAGAUCAGUUGGAUAUGGUCAUCCCUCAGGGCUUGACCGUUCGUGCUGUAGCCGAGCUUUAUGGCCCCGAAGAGAGAGUCGAGGUCAUCGACGUCAAGUCACAACAGGGCGAGGAUAAGCGAUGGAACAUGCAGAAAUGGGCCGAUUACUAUGAGAGCAACGAACCCGAAAAGCCAGUUCGAAACGUCAUUAGCCUUGAAGUGUCUCAGAGCAGACUUGGUCGGCUCAUCAAACGACCGAAGAUCGUCCGAGACCUGGAUUUGCAAGACGCUGUCUGGCCUGAGGAAUUGAAGGCAAUUGGUGACUACCCCAAAGUUCAGUUCUAUUGCCUGAUGUCCGUUGCCGACUGCUACACCGAUUUCCACAUCGAUUUUGGUGGUUCCUCGGUCUACUAUCACAUUCUCAAGGGCAAGAAGACGUUUUUCUUCAUCCCGCCUACGGACCGCAAUCUAAAAAAAUAUGAGGAGUGGUGCAACUCACCUGCACAAGACUCGGUUUUUCUUGGCAACCAAACAAAGGAAUGCUAUCGUGUCGACCUAUCCGAAGGAGAUACCAUGUUAAUUCCAUCAGGUUGGAUCCACGCUGUUUGGACCCCGGAGAACAGCUUGGUCAUCGGCGGCAACUUCCUGACUCGGUUGAACUACGGCAUGCAAAUCAAAAUCCUCAACAUCGAGAAGGAUACGAAAGUUCCCAAGAAGUUCCGGUACCCGUUUUUCCAGAAAAUCCAGUGGUACACCGCUAUGAGGUAUCUGGAGGAAGAUCCAGUUCCUCAGAAUGUGGUGGAUGCUUUCAUGCAGGACGAAAAUUUCCGAUUCCACCGAGACUAUCCUGCCUACUACGAAUUCGGUGAACUGACGAACCGAGAACCUUUGGGAUCACCCUUCUACAAUGCCCGAUUCUAUUCACAAGCGGAGCUGGAGGGGCUGCCGGAGUUGGCUAAGUACCUUCUCCGGACAGCACUCAUUGCCAGCUCCUAUCUUGUUGAUGGAGUGACAAAUGAAACACGAAAUGCUGUUCGUCGCUCUAUUCCCAAGGGAGUCACUGACCCUGUGGAUAUGAUCCGAAUUUUCGGAAUCUGGGUUGCAUGGAAGCGCGGCAACGAGACAGCUGCUCGAUGGACUCGACCCGGUGUUAUUGAAAGCAACCCCAAAGUCUCUCUCAAUGAGAAGAAGCCCGCUGGACGGUCGAGUCGCCGAUCGGAUCGCCAUGCUGACAGCCAUCGUACAUAUGCUGAACGACAAGCUGUACAGCGCCCGGCCGAAGAUCUGGCGCCAACUCCCGUUCCACCCGCAAAUAAUGGUCCGCAUAUCCCAUUCAACAAUGCAACCCCAAUGCCAGCGAACUACAUGCCCGAAUAUGCGCCGCCUCAAGAUUGCAUGAUCAUGAAGCCCCGAUCAGCUCCGCGAGGCUCUGGCCUUGGACCGAAGCGUGUUGCGUGCGAUGCUUGUCGCCGGCGACGCAUCCGAUGCCGCCACAAGGAUGAGCCUGCCGACCAGCAAAUGGGAAUCAAUGGUUUUGGGUCAGCAUCGGGCGUUAGCACUCCGAACUCAUUGGCGCAAGAUGCUGUUUCCGCAUUGAACUCCUUGGCCGCAAUUGCUUCUCAGGCCGGCUUCCAGAGCAAUGGCAUGAUCGGUCUUGAUGCAUUUGAUGGCUCAGGGAAGUUCCAGUCAGCAAUCAUGGGAGCCUCGACUGCUGCCGCCAAUAGACUGAAUGACCUGAGCCCCGAUGGUGCCAACGGCGCGAAAAAGGGACGGAGCAAGGCUUGUGAUGAUUGUCGGAAGAGCAAGCGCCGUUGUAUCCACGACGAGUAUGGCCAGAUUGACCCGAUCAAGGCCAAUGAACGAUCUAAGCCUCGUGGCACCGCGUCGGCAAAGCGCCCUCGACCUAACGAAGAUGAUUCGGCGCCUACUUCAUCCAAAAAGACCAAGCAGGAAAGCACAUCACCAGUCGUGAACAACGGAAAAUUUGGCCCCACCGAAGGCCAAGCGGACACCAAAGACUCAGUCAUGCACGCUGUUCCAGCCACAUACGACAAUGAAGUUGCCAACCAUCGUCCCCCAAUACCUCGGCAAUACGAUCAGAUCCCUCUGCAAUACCAUCAGCCCCGCGUGGAUGACCAAAUUUCCGUGAAUCAAACAUAUGCAUCGCCACCGGUCUUCCAAGCGGAUCUGGAUAUGAAGGAUUCAAACUCAUUGUCCGUUUCAUCAAAGCCAACCACUUCCUUGGUGUCCCCGCCUACGUCGCUGGCCGAUGAGAUGGAUGUGGUUCAAGAUGGCGAAGCAAUGGCCUCUGUCGAAGGCGAAGCUCCCAAUGCGCUACACACUCCCAAUUCAAGUUCUCGUCAUUCAUCUCGGCAGCCUCGACAUGUUGAGCGAUUUGUACCGGAGGCAACGUCAGCUCGUCCGUCCAAACCACCUGGACGUACUGCCCUUCCAACGUCGCGAACUACCCCUGGCCACCAAACGGGUCAUCAAUCAUCAGCCAAGAAACCUUCUUCGCGUCCCUCUUCGUCCCAUGCUAAGAAGAGUUCGCCAAUGAUCGAGAAGCGCUUCGAGCGUCAUGCCACAACGUCUCUAUCUCCGCAUCAGCCGAAGCACGUGAACCACCAAACGGAAGAAGAAGAGCAAAGUUUGCGUCUGAUCCGGGAACUUCAAGAGGCAGAAUUCGGAUUACGACGACGUCGUGGCUAG